AUGAACGCUUUCGGCCAACAGCCCGCGCCCGGCGCUCAGCCGCCCCCUCUCCAACAGCAGCAGCAGCAGCAGCAGCAGCACCCGAGCGCGCAGGACAUCUUGGACGUGGCCGUGUACUGCGACAACUUCGGGGUAUACCCCCAAAACCUGCACCACCACCACCGCCACCACCACCACCACCACCGCCCUCACCCUCAGCGGACAUCCACCGCCGCCCACCACCCGCCGAGCUACGGACUGGGCGACUACCCGCCCACCGCCAGCAGCCCUUACCUGUGGCUGAACGGACCCACCAUUAACUCCUCUCCUUACCUUCCAGGGCCGAACCUCCCGUCCGGCUAUGGGGCGGCACAGCGGCAGUUCCUGCCCUCUGCCUCGGGCUUCGGGGGCACGGCCGAGCUGGGCUGGUUGUCCCUGCCCGGCCAGCAGGAGCUCUUCAAGAUGGUGCGCCCCCCUUACUCCUACUCCGCCCUCAUCGCCAUGGCCAUCCAGAACGCGCCGGACAAGAAGCUGACCCUCAGCCAGAUCUACCACUACGUGGCCGAGAACUUCCCCUUCUACAAGAAGAGCAAAGCGGGAUGGCAGAACUCCAUCCGGCACAACCUGUCCCUGAACGACUGCUUCAAGAAGGUGCCCAGAGACGAGGAUGACCCAGGUAAAGGUAACUACUGGACUCUGGAUCCCAACUGUGAAAAAAUGUUUGACAAUGGGAAUUUCAGGAGGAAGAGAAAGCGCAGGUCUGACACGACAGGUGGUCAAGGGCUUGGUGACCAGACGGGUGACUCCAGCAGUGCAGUUAUCAAGCCUUCAGAAACGGUCAGUCUCCUGGACUCGACUUCCCCGGGACUGGAGAAUUCCCCUGGAUCUGCAAGUGAUUCCAAACCUUCCCCCCCACCCAGCAUACAGUCCAGCAGCCCCUGUUUCGGUAGCUUUGUCUCCAGCAUGAGUUCCCUGAUGAACGGGUGCAAUGCCAUGAAUAGGCCAAUUGCUUCUGGAGGACUGGUGGGAGACUUAGUGCAGUGCAGGCAAACUCUCCCCGGACUCAAUUCCUACUCGCCUUCUCAGAGCGCAAUCCACAACGCAGUCAACGUCCACAAUCGACUGAACUACUAUCCAUCUAAUAUUUCAACCCAACACAGUGGGAUGAGCAGCCCCUUGUGUAACAACUUCAGCGUCAACAAUUUGAUUUACAGCAGAGAGGGGACCGAAGUUUAACCGCAGACGUUGUAAAUAUUAAAAAAAAAGUGUUUUUUUUGUUGAAAAAGCUAGACCAAACAGAGAAAGUACUUUUAUAGAAUGGAGAUGUAAGUGAUACUUUUAGUGUAGUUGUGUUUUUUUUUUGUUGCAUAACCGUUUUAGCAUUUUCAAGUAAGAAGUGCCUUUAUUGAUCCAUUUUGUGGAUGGAUCAAAUUCCGUUUACUUACACAAAGCAUUCCGACACGAAUGGUUUGCUUACAUAUGUGACACUAUGCAAAAUUAAAAUGUCAAACGAAAGAUUGCUUCAGCCAAUAGAUGAACAACAAUGCACUAAAGUAAAUAUAACAUAUAACUUGUGACUGUGUUCUGUCUUGAUAUCAUUCUUUUGAAAUGUUGCCAAGCCUCAAUGUCUUAUUGUUGUGUUCCAUGGAGAAAUAUGUGUGUCAGGUUAAAAAUAUAAAGGCUUCAGAAAUCGUUCAUUUGACCCCUUAGGAUAUAGCUAUCAGGCUCUUGGGAUGAUUGGUUUGAUGAGAUUCACCUUAAGUUACCUGUGUAUUUGGCAUGUUGAAUUUGAUUAAUGCUACUUAUUGUGUUGAAAAACAUGUAUUCAUUGUACCUGCUACUUGCAUUAUUGUACCUAAAGGUGCAUAUCACGUAGUUUUAAGGAACUAAGUAAUUCCCCAUAUUUAAAAAUAGCCUAUUGAAGUUUUCAUGCAUAAGAUUGUUUAUUACAUUGGAAUGAAAAUAAAGGUUUGAAAUAC